CAGCGCACGGCCGCGAGGGGACUCCAGUCCGCGAGAAUCUGCUUCUUGAAUGUUCAGUUACGCGCGAGGUGUGUGCUAUGUGUCCAUAAGAAACUAACCACUGCGUCCAUCAAGUGCAUUUAGAAAGAGACCGGCAGAAACGAGUUACCAAUACUAAAAAGGCAACGCAAUGAAGGGCUACAGCAGCACGAGCAGCAUGUAGGGACUAUGAUGUUACUAAUCUAUCUCUUUGAAAGAGAAGACUAAGAAAAAAAGGCGAGAGACAGGAGAACUUGGACUGCGGGAGAGAAUAACAUCGCAUGGGGCCAUGAGCGCUGCAGACCCUGCAGCGAACAAACUGUUGACUUUCAACCAACGCUCAGCAUCAGAGGAUCUUGGGUGCAGGCGGGGAGAUUUCAGCCGGAAACACUAUGGAUCAGUUGAACUGCUCAUCUCUAGUGAUGCAGAUGGGGCCAUACAGAGAGCUGGGAGAUUCAGAGUGGAGAACGGUUCAAUAGAUGAGACCUCUGACUAUACGCCUGGAACAUGGAGGAGAACUGACGUCCAUCUGGAGAACCCAGAGUAUCACACCAGAUGGUACUUCAAGUACUUCCUGGGAAAAGUUCAUCAAAACUAUGUGGGGACGGAUGCUGAGAAGAACCCCUUCUUCCUGUCUGUGGUUCUGUCAGACCAGAACAACCAAAGGGUCCCACAGUAUCGAGCCAUCCUCUGGCGCAAGACGGGUACUCUAAAAAUCAGCCUUCCCUACAGUCCAACAAAAACACUAUCAGUCAAAUCUAUAUUAAGUGCCAUGAAUGUGGAUCGUUUUGAAAAGGGCCCGAGGGAGAUCCUUAACCCAGAGAUUCAGAAGGACUUACUGGUGCUGGAGGAGCAAGAGGGCAGUGUAAAUUUUAAAUUUGGUGUUCUUUAUGCCAAAGAUGGACAGCUGACAGAUGAUGAAAUGUUCAGCAAUGAAUCAGGAAGUGAGACUUUCGACAAAUUUCUGAAUCUCCUUGGCGACACGAUCUGUCUGCAGGGCUGGGCAGGGUAUCGAGGAGGACUGGACACUAAGAACGACACUACAGGAAUAAAUUCCAUCUACACAGUCUAUCAGGGUCAUGAGCUCAUGUUCCAUGUUUCCACCAUGUUACCUUAUUCUAAAGAGAACAAGCAACAAGUAGAGAGGAAGAGACACAUUGGGAACGACAUCGUGACCAUCGUGUUUCAGGAGGGAGAUGACGCCUCUCCAUCCUUCAAACCCUCUAUGAUUCGCUCCCAUUUCACACAUAUUUUUGCCUUAGUUCGAUAUAAUAGCCAGAAUGAUAGUUACAGGUUGAAGAUUUUCUCAGAGGAGAGUGUGCCGCUGUUUGGCCCUCCCCUCCCUUCCCCACCAGUGUUCACAGACCACCAGGAGUUCAGGGACUUUUUACUAGUUAAAUUAAUAAAUGGAGAAAAAGCCACUCUUGAGACCCCCACUUUUGCUCAGAAACGUCAGCGUACGCUGGACAUGCUGAUCAGAUCCCUGUACCAGGAUCUCAUGCCUGACAUGCCCAAGGUUCCCUUCUCUCCGCAGAACAUGCUGAACCGACGCUCAUUCAGCGACGUACUGCCAGAGUCACCCAAAUCCGCCCGUAAAAAAGAAGAGGCACGCCAGGCUGAGUUUGUUCGAGUGGGACAGGCCUUGAAGCUGAAAACUAUAGUUCGAGGGGAUGCACCCACCAGUUUAGUCACCACUGGUCUUUGCAGGAAAGAGCCAUGGGAGUCACAGUCGUUCUGCAGUAGCUUCCCGUAUGAUAUAGUCUGUGGAGAUUCAUGGGGACAGUCAUUACUGGUCGCCACAGAUUCAGCAGGGGUCAUGCUGCUGGAGGCCUCAGAUCCACUCUUCUCCAAUGCAGAUUCACCAACCCUGCCUCCGGUGCAGGUAUUUGACAAAACCUUGACUGUAAAACAAAUGCACGUGCUUGAACCUCAGGACCUCCUCAUUGCAAGAGCAGAUAAGGGGAAAGAUGCUCGACUGUAUGUGUACAGACUGAGCACGCUCAAACGAGGGAUCGAGGAGCGGCAGCUUGUCCGCACCAAGUGUGACAGUCGAGAGAACAAGCUUGAGAAAACCAAAGGCUGCCAUCUCUACGCCAUAAACACGCAUCAUGGGGUGGAGCUCAGAAUCGUUGUGGCGAUAAGAAACAAGCUCCUUCUGAUCACCAGGAAACAGUCACGCCUCGAUUGCCUCAGCUCUGCUACAGUCACAGGGACAACUGACUCAUCUGUGGAAGAUUUCCAAUACAUACGGGAGAUCUGCUUAUGUGACUCCCCGGUGGUCAUGGCCCUGGUUGAUGGCCCAACAGGAGAGAAUGAUCACAUGAUCUGUGUGGCCUACAGACAUCAGUUUGACUUGAUCAAUGAGAGUACAGGAGACGCCUACAGACUACACCAUGUAGACUCCAACCGGGUGAACUUUGUUGCUGCCAUAGAUGUGUAUGAAGAUGGAGAGGCUGGACUACUUCUUUGCUAUAACAAUAUUUGCAUCUAUAAGAAGGUGUGUCCGUUUAAUGGUGCAACACCUAUGAUUCAGCCCAACACUUCAGACUUCCAUUUCAGCUGGAACCAAAUGCCCAACGCUAUUGUGUGUGCGUUCCCAUAUAUACUUGCAUUCACCACUGACUCCAUAGAGAUCCGGCUAGUUGUUAAUGGCAACCUAGUAUAUACAGCUGUCGUUCCAGAAUUGCAACUGACUGCGUCCAGAAUAUCUCCAAUCAGAGUGGGAAUGGAGUCUGUUGAUGGAGAAACUGAUGUCCAGCAGCUUUGCUCAUCUGGCUCUGAGGUGGAGCCUCGAGAUGAUAGCCCACCCAUGACCAGCCCUUUUACCUUCUCCACAUCUUUUGAGGAGGAUAUUUUGGACCUUAAGUGA